AUGGAGUUAAACUCUUCUGCAGUCCUGGUUCCUGUUGUGGAAUCAGAGCUGAUCAUGGAUAACUGCAAUUAUACAGAAGGCUGGGCCUGGCUCGUCUCCCUCCAGCCUGGAUGCCUCGUCCUCAUCAGCAUUAUUGGAGUGCUAGGAAACGGCCUCGUUCUCUGUGUCUUCUGCCUACAGAAGAAGCCCUGCACUGUGGCUGACAUCUAUCUGGGCAACCUGGCUAUGGCUGACCUGGUCAUGGUGCUCUGUCUGCCAUUUUGGGCAGUCACCAUUGCUCAGGACUACCAGUGGAACUUUGGCCAGGUGCUUUGCAAAGUGGUCAAUAUGGCCAUCUAUAUGAACUACUUCUGCAGUAUACUCUUCUUGGUCCUGGUAAGCAUGGAUCGCUACUUGGCCCUGGUGAGACCCCUAAGUGCCAGCCGACUUCGACAGCCAGCCUGGGCCAAACAAGUCUGCCUUGGCAUCUGGGCAGUGGGUGUCCUGCUAAGUAUUCCAUCCCUGCUCUUCCGAGUUGUCAACUACAUUCCAGAACUAGACAUGGAGGCAUGCUACUUAGUUUAUCCUCAUCCCAGCUGGAGGAUCCAGAGGAACCUAACCACCAAUGUGCUUGGCUUUGUGAUUCCCCUGUCCAUAAUUGCACUCUGCACCCACCAAAUGGUAAGAGUCCUUAGAGACAGCUGUGUGGGAUCAAUGCAGGGAGUAGGGGUGGAGAGGAGGUCCGCUCACCUGGUGCUGACUGUGCUGGCUGUAUUCCUCAUCUGCUGGACACCUUUCCAGGUUGUGCGCAUCUUGGACACUCUGGAUUAUUUUCAGAUAAUACCAGGGUGUCUGUUUGUGCACAUUUUAGACAUCAGUGAGCAGGUCUCCACCUACCUUGCUUAUGCUAACAGCUCUAUUAACCCUUUCCUGUACGUGGUUGUGGGGAAACAUUUCAGGAAAAGAGCUAAAGGAGUGUUUAAAACACUCCUCCAUCCUGGGUGGAAGGACAGUGCUACUAACACUACUUUUGCCAGUAAGUGCAGUGACAGCCAAAAAGACUCUGGUGUGCUUAAAAAAAGGGGUGUUUGGUAACUACAGC